UUUAUGAAGAACAUGAACAUAUGUGUGGUAAUUCUGCUGACAGUCUUAACGACUGAAAGUGUGGCACUUAUUGACAAUGAUUAUGAAGCUGGUUAUCGAGAAAUAAGAACAAUUUUGUUCAAACAACAAGAAGAAAUUCGAGAACUUAAGAAAAUUUCGCUGGUUCAAGAAAAAAAACUUCGUAGUCUGGAAAAUGAAAACGAAGCUUUGAGACGCAAUGUGGAUGAACUGAAUGCUAUUGUUUUGAAACUAGAAGCCUCCAGACCUACCACUAAUCCUUCCGAUGAUAUUAACUCAGUGUCCAAUACCUCUUCGUUGCAAACACGUCAAAUAGAUCAUUCUGGGGAAUCUUUGUUUAGUAAUGGUAAACGGUUAACGACGAGCACUUCAGUAGCUUUCUACGCCUACAUGUCUACAUCUGAGAAUGCGCCGAGCAAUCAUCACACUCUCGUAUUUGACGUCAUCAAGACCAAUAUUGGCGGGGGGUACAACAAACACAGUGGAAUGUUUUCGGCACCUGUCGCAGGUGUCUACGUGCUGACAUGGACUAUCUAUUCUGGCGAUAAUGGCAAAACUGCAUUUGGUAUAUUUGUCAAUGAUGACAUGGUGUGCAGCACAUUCGGUGAAACAAACGAUGUUGAUUAUGACUAUGAUUCUGAUACAGGGGUCAUCGUGGUGUCACUAAACCAAUAUGAUGACGUCUUCAUCCGAUCCAUAAUGACGUGUUCUACAAACAUUGUUAGCUUUGCCUGGAACACAAGAACUACGUUUGCAGGAUGGAAACUAGACUGAAUUAAAAGCAAACUUAUGUACAAAUAUUCAGAAACAGUUUGACAAUUUACUUUGCUUUGAUUAAUAUAUACUUUCAAGUUUCUUAACUAUGAGCAAUUGUCUUCAUAAUCAAAAAAAAAUUAUAUAUGGAAGGAUGAUAUAACAUUAAUUUUGUCAUCUGCAUUCUAUUUUAUCAAUGAAUAAUAAAAAAUCUACCAUGACAUUAAUUUCAAAUUAGA